CAGUCAGUCAACAGUGGAAGAGCGGCCCACACAGGCUCGCGGUGAAGUGGACACCCCGUGUGCCCCGUGAACUGGGCGACAAAAUAAUAUCACGUGAUACAAAAUGGGCAGUCCUCUGACGGGGCUGGGGAAAAAAGCCAUUUUCUGGUGCUGCUGCAAAUUGUAACUAAGUGCUAAGACCAUAUCUGGCUCCUCGCUGGGAGGAGAAGGAAGCGUCGAUGUCAACUCAGAUCUCCCCAGAUGGACAAAAUGCAGCCCAAUAGGAUUAAAAUCACAGAUCUGAAUUCACAUUUCACCUGUCCACUGUGCGCUGGGUAUUUGGUUGAUGCUACGACCAUUGUAGAAUGCCUUCACUCAUUUUGUAAAACAUGCAUCGUUGCCUUUUUGGAGACAAACAAAUUCUGCCCUCGGUGCGACGUCCAGGUUCACAAGACAUGUCCACAGCUCAGCAUCAGAGCGGACAAAACUCUGCAAGAUAUCGUAUAUAAGCUUGUUCCGGGAUUGUUCAAAGAUGAAAUGAAGCGGAGGCGAGAUUUCUACUCAGAGAAUCGUGUUCUCGAACCAGGGGAAGUGGUGGAGACAUUUAACAUUGCAGAAGAUGAAAUCAUCAGUUUGUCAAUACAGUUCUACGAGAGGAACAAAACUAAUGAGAAGCAGCGUGCAGAGAUGGAUGGAGACAAGUCCAACGGUAAACGCUUCCUGCAGUGCCCAGCAGCCAUGUCCGUCAUGCACUUAGCAAAGUUCCUCAGAAGUAAAAUGGAUAUACCCAGCAACUACAAGGUGGAAGUGUUGUAUGGGGACGAACCUCUGAAAGACUACUACACGCUAAUGGAUAUUGCCUACUUCUACGAGUGGAGACGGACUGGACCCAUUCCCCUGCAAUACCUGGUCAAACCCACAAGGAAGCGUAGAUGGCCAUCCCAGUCUGCCGUCCAGGGCCACUCUGAUGGCGUCAACACCAGCCCGACCUCAGAGAGCGAUUCACAAAGCGACAAAGUCCACAGUCCCACGUCGGCUCAGAUACCCCGAACCUCCACGCAAUCCAGCCCCGCGCCUCACACCCUCUCUCCUGCCAUCCAGAACUCCAAUGGUACCACUGUGUCCAACAACACUCAGCGACACGCUCUCUCCUCCAAACAGGGAGCCACUCGAAAGGUGACCGUUAACGGGACAAACUCUGCUGCCAGCAAAGAGGAGGCCAGGGUAGGAGAAAAAAGCGGGAUGCCUCCUACAACCUAAUGUCUGCGCAUGACACAAGGGAGGACAGUAUUUGGAUUGCUCCCCUCUCAAGAGCGAAAAUACAAACUGGAGCCUUCUUUCUUUUGGGAUAAAGAGGGAGUUUUCAUCUUUCACCAUGAGACUCAAAGUGUGCAGCCAAAUAGAUACAUGUGGGUGUGUGAAUUAGACUAGAACAGAGCACACAUAAGGACUGUACAGUAUGUAUCAAGUGUGGACAUGUGUGCGUACAUAUGUAUAAACGUAUCUUUUAUACAAGACAUUGUAAUCAUUUUGUAUUGUAUAUGCAGUGGUUGUUUCAUUUCCACCGUUCAAUUUGUACAUUCAUUUGGCUUCUGUAAAACUUGAAGAAGAUAGAAGUGAAAAUUGCUGCACCAUUUGGAUAUAAAGGUAAAAAAAAGAAGUAAUUCUUGCCUUGUCAUUCAAUAACUGCUGUAUAAGUGUCCAGUAUAAGCAAGAACCCGUGAGGUAACAUGUUCAUGACAAAAACUGUUGAUGCACUUUCCUUGAGUCUGGCCACAAAGUAUUUGCCACCAUGAGUAGCUUUCACUUUUUAAGCACUCCCGCAAUCGCUUGCUCUCCUGUGAGCGCGAGUGUCUGCGUGUGUGUCAGACUGUAAUUUUGUCCCAUGCCAGAAGAACUCGAAAGGGAUUUGAAUACAUGGCCAUGUAUUUUGUUUCAUAAAAUUCAACAUUCCUUUUGCUUCCGUUCCAACAACAAAACAAUGCUUUAAAAAUAAAAACAGCGAUUUGUGCAUGUUUUAGGUCAAUAAAAUGUUUACUAGGUUAUUUGGAACGGUGUCUAAUUAAUCAUUUCCUGAGGUCAGGAAGUUGUGAAACAUACUGUGAAAUAAAGUUCAAUGCUGGCAGUUUUAA